AUGACAACCGGCGCUUACAGGAAAGUCAAAACUCAAAUCUGACUUCUGACAGAGAAGUUUUUACCUCUAAAUAGCGUAGUUAGUCGUUCCUGUAACGUUAGCGCCACACGAAAUGUUGUUGUGCUCAAAUGGAUUCAUGUGAAUGAUUUUCCGAGGGAUACGUCCCGGUUUAAAAUGCUGUCGACCUGCAUAGGUGUUGCUGCAGCCCCGGGGCGAGGAGGUGAGGAGCCGGAGUCAGGGAGACAAAGCAGCGGCCACAGAGGAGCACAAAGCGGUGAAGAGAGACGACAAGGGCUGGGUGUUCAGGAGUGGCCCGACGGGUCCAGAUAUGAGGGAGAGUUUGUGAACGGAUUCAAACACGGCAAAGGAAAGUACACCUGGAGAAAUGGAGAGUACUAUGAGGGCUCUUUCUACAAAGACUACAGGCAUGGGGAUGGACUGUACUACUGGCCCACAGGCCAUAAGUUCACUGGCAAGUUCUACCUCAACAGAAAGGAAGGAUAUGGACAACAACUGUUCCCUGAUGGAGCCACCUUUCAGGGUUUGUACCACACUGACCAGAGGUUUGGUCCAGGUGUGGUUAGUUAUCCAGAUGGGCGUGAGGAUGUGGGUCUGUGGAUCGGGGAGUGCCUGUUAAAGCUCUGUACCUCUGUAGAAGAAGGCUUUAGCUUGAAGAACUUAUCUGAGUAUGCUGCCUACAUGGACCCAGCUACUGCCACAGAUUCCCUCACUCAGCCUCCCACUAAUGGUCCAAAGACAAAAGCCAGGACUGACUUUGAGGUGGUUACAGACACAGAUCUGCUGUCAGAUGAUGAUUUUAUCCUUCCGUCCGGCAUCGAAAGUUACUCAACAGAUGGUGACCACUUGCCGCUGCCCCCUGGCCGAAGAAGAGAGUUGGAUCAGCACUUUUUUGGCGAGCUGUAUGAGCCAGACGCUUAUCCACACAGAGGCUAUGAGCGAGACCCACUUUCCACCCUUCCCUUACAUGCCCGCAUGCAGGCUCACAUACACAAACACAGGCUACAGGGUGAAAAUAUGGGCUGGGACGUGGCAGCUGUUCUCUCUCUGAACAGGGAAAGUUUUGGUCCUAAAGGGCCUUUGGAAGUCAGUUCAGAGUUGUUGAUCCAGCACGCCUCCCGAGGGGAACUGCAGUCUGUGUCACAGAUGCUCCAGACCGGUUUGGUCAACCCUGAUAUAGCAGAUUCACAGGGACACACUGCACUGAUCGCUGCCACAAUAAACUGCCAUGACGAUGUGAUCCAGCUCUUGUUGGAUAUGGGUGCUGAUAUUGACAAGUUGAAUUGUGAUGGCAUGUCUGCCCUGGCUGUGUGCCAUGUCCUCUACUACCCUUUUCAGUCUCUGCACACCACUUUAGCUGAACCCCUAACCAAAACUCAAGUUUUGACAUCUUCAUCUGCAUGUGGGAACAGUCCCCGGAUCAGCCAAGUGGACUUCACGUCAGAUACUACCAGGACAGCGGAAGAACUAACAGAACACAUCUUAUAUCAUAGCAGUAAAAUGUCCAGUGACAUCAUUGAGCAGCAUUGGCCUGGCCUGAAUGAGUCUGAGACCCCUGCAGACACUGAACACCUACAGGAGGAGAGAAAAGAGAAAGAGGGAGAAGAAAUGGGAAGAGACUGCAAGGAGACAGAGAGAGGGAUGAAUGUUAGAGAGCGAGAAGAACUGAGCAAGAGGGAGGAUGAGAAAGAGAGCAAAGGGGAGGAAAGAGAGAUAGAGAGCAGAUGUGAUCAAAUGUGGGAAAAUGGAGAAAGUGAGUUAAAAGAGAAGGAAAGAGAAUUUGAAGAUGUUGAAUUUGGUGAGAGGAGAGAAACAGAGUCAAGAAAAGAGAAUAUAGUUGUGAGGGAGGAGGUUGAGGAAGAUGGGGAGAAGACAGUAAGGAGUAUUCAUGAGGAUGUAAAGGGGAGAGGAAGUGAAGACGUGUCUGGUGUCAAGUGCUCCAUUCAGGUGUUGGAUGGUCACAUUGUACUGGGCAGCGUGCAGUGGGAACAAUGUCGAGUUAAGGCAGCAGGAAGAGUUCAGCAGGGCAGAGACAAAGAAUUGACAACCUUUGAUUCUGCCUGCUCCGUCAGCAACUAUAACAUCCAGGUCACAGAGGAAGUGAUGCAGCGCUCAGCAGAAGCUCUGAGUCGCACGGGGAUUCCUCAGCGCUUUGACACACAGGAGACUGUACGCAAAAUGGCUGCCAUGAAAACUGAACACCGUGUUCGUUUGAACACCCUGAAGCUGUUAUUGAAACGGGGAGCUGACCCUAAUGUAUCCAGGGUCCCCAUGCCUGUCCUCUUUUUAGCCAUCAUGGCAGCUGACACUGAGGCCGUCAGGAGACUUCUGCUGUCUGGAGCUCGCACUGACAUUCCCCUACCACCUGAGAGAAAAGGCCUGUAUCCCCUGCAUGUAGCUGCAGCACUGCCGGGUCCAGCAGGUCCCAGAAUCACAGAGUUGCUGCUCCACGCUGUCACUGACCCAGACGCACAGGCAUGCGACCAGAACGAGAUCUAUGAACCAGAUAAAAUUUUCAUGAAGGACCAGGAACCACUGAGCACUAAUAAGAGCUCAGAUCUCAAAGAAGGAGGCCGAACGGCCCUGCACAUGGCCUGCCAGAGGGAAAGUGACUACCGGAACGCCAGUAAGGUGGUAGCCCUCCUGGUCUCCCACAGAGCCAGCACAGACCUCCUCUGGAGUGGACACUCACCUCUCUCCCUGGCUAUAGCAGCUGGCAAUGACCUGGCAGUGGAGGAACUGUUGAAUGGAGGUGCAGAUCCCAACAUCCCCCUCGGCCUCAGGGUGGGCAGCGCCCUCUGUGUCCUCGCCAAUAUCAACUACCACUUAGGUGGCAGCAGAGCUAAGCUGUUGGACAUGUUAGCAAAGGCUGGUGCCGACAUCUUGAUGCCAGUGCCAGUGGGUGAUGUUGUGGGAACUGCAGUCGACUAUGCCCACUACUCCUUCAACCAGGACUUGCAUAUUGCCAACACUCCCUUCCACGCUCUGAACAUGCGGGAGAGGGAAAUAUUCAAAGCACGACGCCAGCUGCUGAGCAUGAUGGGAGAUCUGCUGAGACAGACUGCCGGUCAGAGGGAUAGAGAGAAUUUAGAGAGAGAACACUACCUCACAGUGAAUAGUACAAGUAGCAAUAUGAGGUUUGUGUCCGCGGGAGAAGAUGCCAUUUGCUCAAAUGUUCCCCUCCCCAGCUGUGAAAGCCUACCACCCAUCACAGAAAAACACAGGAAACCAGUGUUUAAGUUCUGCUACCACUGUGGUCGCUCUGUGUCUGUGAAGCUGACUCCUUGUAGCCGCUGCCACAACGUCUUCUACUGCUCCAGGACCUGCAAACUGAAAGCAUGGGGUGAAAGACACAAAGAAGAGUGUAUCCGGGUGUCAGCAUCUGCUGAUGGCAUCCAGAAGAGUGUUGUGUUUAAAUCACAAAGAAGCACCAGGCCCUUACCUGUCAUGUUGAAAAACAAAACAGUCCCAAGGCCCUUGAGUGUCAAGCUGAAAUCCCAAAGAGUUCCUGAGCCCUUGAGCAUGGCAAAGCAGGUCUUGGAGAGCCAAGUCAACAUGAAGGAAAACUACAGCUGCAACUGAUGGACACUAAAAUUUUGCAAAUUUCAGAAGAGCUGAAAUACGGCUUUAUCUACUUAAAAUUGCAAUGCAUUUCUUGAGUUUUAACUUUUAUGUAUUUGGCUGAAUGGCGAUGACAGCAUUUUGUGCCAUAAUCAUUAUUAUAACUGUAGGUUUGGAAUCUAUUUUGGUAUGGCAAUACUAGUGUAAUAAUGUCUGUCGCUAUCUGUGCUAUUGCCACAGAAAUAUUGCAAACUAAAUGGCUGCAUUUACAUACUUGCUAAAUGAAUCCAGUGGAAAUCAGGACCACAUUUUAGCAUGUGACUUGUUUUAUAUGUGAAUUUUGACUCAUGCUGCUGAUCUUCACUUUCAUAAUAUUCUCUGGCUGAUUUAUGAAUGAAUGAAAGUGUGACAUUUUUACUCAAGUUUGCUUUUACAGAGCUUUCAAUUGCAUCUCAGGUCUUCAUCAGCAAUUUCCUUCUUGACCUUGGAAACAGUAGAUUGGCAAAAAAAAUCCACUGGCACAACAAGAGUCCACUUUUUGGGGUUUUUCCCCCAAAGCUUUUAGCCGUAUCUCAUGGUCAGCAGUUAGAGUUAUUUUGGUUUUGUUUUAUGUGAUUUAAGUAUGGAACCCAAGACAAGCAAACUCCAAUGAAGACAUUGAAAUGUGGUUGAAAGCUCCAGAAAAGUUUGUGUUAAAAAAUGUUUAACUGUUUAAAUGUCAAACUACUGUUCUCAAUGUCAGAAAUUAACAUUUAAUUAGGUUAAGUACAAUUAAGUAAAACGUUUUUCUAUAUGAUUAUUUUAUUAUUUUCCUCAACCUGUUUGUAUUCUGAUCACUCGUAUAAUGGGCAGUCUACUUAUAGUCAUCUGUUUGUUCAUCACCUUACCCUAAAUGAAUCUAGCAUUAAACAUGGAAGUGAAGUGUUUUGCAAAUUUAGGCUAGUGUUUUGUCACUUUGAGCUUUCCUUUAGUGCUAAACACUGUCAGUUUACAACACAUCGCUAACAUGCAGAACGGCAUGACAUUUUCUGAGCACUUUCACACUUCCAGUGGAAAAAAGUUGAACCUUGAUGAUUUUACUCUAAUGACCUAAAUUUAAUAACCUUCCCUGUUGCACCGCCCUCAGAGAAACAUCAGGCUUGUGCUAGACCUCACUGACUAUAUUAUCUUAGCAAUGCUGAUGGUUAUAAAAAAAAGUUUCUAUAUUUUUGCAAGGCUUUUGACACAGUCGAACACAACUUUCGGUCCUUGGAAAAAUUUGGCUUUGGCACAUUUGUGCAGCUAUUAAAACUAUGUACAAGAAUGCACAUUGUUCAGUUAAAAUAUAUGGAGGCACCCUCCCAGGUUUUAUAAAGUGCAGUCAGACAGGGUGUCCUGUCUCACCAUACUUAUUUCUGAUCUGUGUCAAUUACUCUUUGAUUAAAUUAAGAUCAGCCCUUGAAUGGUAUCACAAUAGCUAAAAAAAGACAUGAUCAUUAGUCACCUGGCUGAUGACACCACUUUAUUUUUAAAAUGAUGCCUCACAGUUUUCAGUUGCUAUUGAUACAAUUAACAUAUUCUCUAAAAAGACUGGAUAAGGAAGUUAGUUAGGAGAGAUGGACAUAGGUGGCAGGAGUUAUUAAGACUUGAACACCUGAAUGUACUCCAACAUGUCUGACCAGAAUUUCUCAGUAUGAGAACAGUUUAAACCCCAAAUUGGGUUUUUACAGAAAGUAUAUUUAGUUUCAACAUUGUGUACAUCUCUUAAGGACUGAUUUAGCUGGGUAGAAAAAGUAAAACAAAUAAAAGCAACAUACUACAUUCUCCCACAUUAAAGCAAAAUCUUUAUAAAUAUGGUAAAUAAUGAAUCUGCUGAUGCAGCUGGAGAGUAUACGUGAGCUGAUAGGCCGAAGGCUGAAAUAAACUAAUGCCAAACCAAUAUUUACCUAACUCAAAAAAGAAAUUAAACUAUAUAUAGGAAUGAUAAAGUCAUCCCAAAACACGCAAGCUAUCAAAACAGUGAAUUUUAGUACUUUAUACAAUAUAUUUGUAGAUUUAUAAACCCCCGCACCUUUCAAUUUAUUUUAGUCUUUUUUAUUAUUAUUAUUUAUUUCUUUUUAUGUAUUACAUAUAUUUUCCUUUCUUUGUUUUUAUUUCCCUGGAAAGUUCUCUGCUCUGUACUCAUACUUUUUGUCUGUAUGUUGUAUUGAUGCAAUAAAUAUUUGAACUGGGGGAGGAAAAGGCCGAAAUAAACGUCAUCACGUUUUGUACGCGG